AUGAGAAACAGUACAGUAACAACAUUCAUUCUGCUGGGACUAACAGAUGACCCUCAACUGCAGGUUUUGAUUUUUAUCUUUCUCUUUUUCACCUAUAUGCUGAGCAUUACUGGGAACCUGACUAUCAUCUUCCUCAUCUUGCUGAAUUCCCACCUUAAAACAGCCAUGUACUAUUUCCUACAAAAUUUUUCCUUUUUGGAGAUCUCAUUCACAUCUGCUUGUAUUCCCAGAUACUUGUAUAACAUAGCAACAGAUGAUAAAGUCAUCACCUACAAUGCCUGUGCCAGCCAAGUAUUUUUUACUGACCUUUUUGGUGUAACUGAAUUUUUUCUCUUGGCUGCUAUGUCCUAUGACCGCUAUGUGGCCAUCUGCAAACCCUUGCAUUAUGUGACCAUCAUGAGUAGCACAGUCUGCAGAAGAUUUGUCUUUUGUUGUUGGGUAGCUGGUCUAUUUAUUAUAAUCCCUCCACUUAGCCUAGGCCUAAAUCUGGAAUUUUGUGAUUCUAAUAUCAUCGAUCAUUUUAUUUGCGAUGCUUCUCCACUCCUGAAAAUCUCCUGUUCAAAUACUUGGUUCAUGGAACAGACUGUUAUAAUCUGUGCUGUGUUUACCCUCCUUAUGACACUUACGUGUGUAGUUCUGUCUUACAUUUAUAUCAUCAAGACAAUUUUAAGAUUCCCUUCUGCCCAACAAAAGAAAAAAGCCUUUUCGACCUGUUCUUCCCACAUGAUUGUAGUUUCCAUCACCUACGGCAGCUGCAUCUUCAUCUAUAUUAAACCUUCAGCAAAGGAAUCAGUGGCCAUUAACAAGGGUGUGACAGUGCUCACUACUUCCAUUGCUCCAAUGCUAAACCCUUUCAUUUACACACUGAGGAACAAGCAGGUCAAACAAGCCUUCAGUAACUCAAUGAAAAGAUUUGUGAUAUUCUCCCAGGAAUAA